AUGGCUAAGGCUCUGCAUGAUAUCAGUGUACACCAAAAAUAUAUCACCAGAAGCAAAAUCAAUCAGUUGCAUCAUUACAUAUCGAAAAUAACAUACUUGCUCGAUAUGUCAGAUGAGCCUUUUUUUAAUGACAACGGAGAAUUUGCCUACCACUACAAAAUAAUGAACUGGAUAAAAGAAGAAAACGAUUUCUGCUAUGUAGACAUUGAUGUUGGCAACUAUUCCAUAUCAGGUCAACAACUUUACAUCAACAAACAAGCCAUAACAUGGAACAGAAAGGACAAUAAGGUGCUGGAAGGUGCCUGCAUAGAGCAGGGUGGAGGAAUGGAGGUGCAGAAUGCAGAGGUACCACUGUCACGGUGCUCAGAAAUGUGUCAACCAGGAACCAGAAAGAAGUCAAGAUCUUCGAUCCAUUCCUGCUGCCACGACUGUGUCCCAUGUUCAGAAGGAGAGAUAUCCAAUACUACAGGCAGCGAGAAUUGUAUUCAGUGUCUAGAAGAUGAAUGGUCGAAUGAGAAGAAGGAUCGGUGUAUUCCCAAACUGGUGCAAUUCCUCUCCUAUUCUGAUGAUAUUUCUACAGUAUUUGUAUCCAUUUCUGUGUUGCUUUGUCUUGUGACUCUCUUCAUUAUGGGAAUCUUUAUAUCCUAUUUGGAUACCACCAUUGUCAAAGCUAAUAAUCGGAGCUUGAGCUUUGUCCUGCUUGUCUGUAUCAUGCUGAGCUUCCUCUGUGUGUUUUUGUUCCUCGGUCAUCCAAUAAAUGUAACCUGUAUACUCCGCGUCAUGACAUUUGGAGUCAUCUUCUCCAUAGCCGUCUCCUCUCUUCUGGCCAAAACAAUCAUGGUUUACAUUGCUUUUACUGCCACCAAGCCUGGAAGUUACUGGAGGAAAUGGCUUGGAGUCAAACUUCCAAAUGUUGUAGCGGUGCUACUUUCAUGUGUUCAGUGUACCAUAUGUCUCAUUUGGUUGUCUACUUCACCUCCUUUUGAGGAAAUGGACGCUCACUCUUAUCAGGACAAGAUCGUCAUUCAGUGUAAUGAAGGGUCAGUUAUCGGGUUCUACUCUGUGUUGGGUUAUAUGGGGUUUCUGGCAGCUGUGAGUUUUGUUUUGGCUUUCAUGGUGAGGACAUUACCGGACAGUUUUAAUGAGGCCAAGUACAUCACCUUCAGCAUGCUGGUGUUCUGCAGUGUCUGGAUUGCCAUGAUCCCGGCCUAUCUGAGCACUAAAGGGAAAUACGUGGUGGCUGUGGAGGUAUUCACCAUACUGGUCUCCAGUGCUGGACUACUCAGCUGUAUAUUUUUUCCAAAAUGUUUUAUGAUUCUGUUUCGGCCAGACUUGAACACACAAACUGAUCUACUUUCUAAGAAAAAUAGAUUGUAG